AUGGAGGCAAGGAGAUCUAAUGAAAAUGACAGCAAAGAUAACAGCAAUGGAUCUAUCAUUGAUGACAAUAGCUUUGAGCCACAUGAUGAUGCCCUAGUGGUCACCCUCAGGAUAGGAGGGUAUGAUGUGAAGAGGGUGUUAGUAGAUCAGGGCAGUGGUGCAAAAAUCAUGUACCUCGAUUUGUAUGAAGGACUAAGAUUGAAACUUGGAGAUCUAGCAUGUUAUGAUUCACCCUUGUUGGGCUUCAAUGGGAAAUUUGUUAUUCCAAGGAGCCAAAUUAGACUACCCUUGGAAGCAGGUUCAGAAGUGGUGGAGGUGGAUUUCAUUGUGGUGGAUGCUUAUUCUCUCUAUACUGCCAUUGUAGCAAGACCCUGGCUUCAUGCCCUAGGGCCCAUUUCCUCCACCCUACACUAA